AUUUAAUCGAGCAUCUGACAUGAAUUUUGAAGAGGAUAAUCGAAGAAAGGAAAUCUAAAUAUAUGACAAACAGUGUAAGGUUUGGUAUGAGUUCUUGAAGGAACAAGCCAACAAAAUUAACAACUAUUUGAAUGAUACAAAAAGUGGAUUAGAUAGCUACAAGCUGAAUUUGGAGGAGAGAUUAAAAGAGCUUGAUGAAUAAUAUGACUCUCAUUAUGAAAUCUUGGAUUCACUCCAAGAAUAGAUCUCUACUAUUGAAUAUUAUUAAGAAGUUUAAGAGUAAGAGAUUGAAGCAUACCAGAAUGCCAUCGAUUCUGCUCAAGAUGAGAAGGAUAAGUAUUCCAGAGAAACAUUACAAAAGGAGAAAGAGGAAUUGAUAACUUUGAUUUGUGAAAUGAAACACAGUAAAAUUGAAGAUUGGCUUAAAACAAUUAAGAAGGAUCUUCCAGACGGCGAUUUGAAGGAUAUUUUGAAGACUUGUUAUCGUCUCUUUUAUGGAGCUAAGACAUUUUCGUUGGAAGAAUUCAUUGAAAAUGUUUUGUCAAAGGGAGAAUCUAAAACAGAGGUUGAAGCUCCAGCAAAUUGGAUUAAAGAAAAAGGAUUACAAUAACAAGGGAAUGAGAAACUUAAAUUUAAGUUGUCUUCCUUCCUAGCCAAAUUUGCUAUAUAUAAUAGACAAGAAUUAAACAAAGACAGUCGUUAAAUGCUCAAACAAUUACUUGAUUCAUAAUCAUAAAGAUAGAAAUAGACAGCAGAAAUUAAAUUCCUCGUAUCAUUAUUAGAAAAAUUUAACAAUUGGGACAAUGCUAGUUCUGAAAAUGAUAAACUUGAACAAAAUAUCAAAGAAUUAGAGUAAACCUUAGAAGAAAAACAGAACUCGCCAGAGUAUAUUCAAUAACAAAACCAUCUCCAUUUUCUUUAAAAAGAGCGAGAAUUUACAAAUGAAAUGAUAGAAAAAAUUACUAAUGCUAGACAAUCCUUAGAAGAACUGCUAUCAAGUUUCUCAAAAUAUGAAGAAUAUCAAUAAUAACAAGUUGAUGAAAUGCAAAGGACUGUAGAAUUUAAUUCCAGAAAUGAUGAAUUAGAAGGUCUAUACGUAAAGGAAUAAAUUGAAUAAAAAUGAUUUAAUUUAUAUCUUAAAUAAUAAACAAAAUAAAAUAAUAUUAUUUA